AUCGGAGCUUCUCAGUCAAGAUCAAGAUUAUGUUUUUUUCUUGUUUUUUUUUUUAAAAAAAAACCCUGGUGUUCUAUUCUGUAAAAUCCAUGUUCUGUAAUAAAGUUGUUAUUUUGGUGUUCUGUUCAUGUUGUUAAGGUUGUGAAUUUUCCAUCUUCCUUCAUCUGUUAAUUUUCCCUCUGAAAUCUGUUGAGCAUGUGAGAGAAAAUAUCAUUUGUUUAAGGCUAAGAAACCAAAAAGCAGAGUUCCUUGCACAAGGAACUCUGCACUGUAGUUAAGAACCCAAAACUGCCACCUAGAUCAACUCCAAUGCUGCAAAAAAUAAGAAACGGUUUCUUAGCACCUCCAACCUGGUUAAUAAACCAGCGUUGGAGUUGCUCUUAGUGAUUUAACAAACUUUUGAAUAAAAAAAGCGCACCCUUGGAAAACCAACACUUUUCCUACCAUAUUCCACUAUAUAAGCUGCACAGAACUACCAUACUACUUCCCUGUAUGAAACACAAUACACCUGAAAUUGCUAGAAUUAUAGCUGCUGCUAGUGUUGUUUCUGAAAGUGACAAACAAAGACCCUGCUGAAACAAUGAAGAGGAACACAAGUUCUUCCCUACUCUUUUUCAUGUUCUUGUUGGUGAAUGUCUUUGUCACCUUCACUAUAACUUCUGUGGAGGCAAGGAAGACUAAUAACACCAUCAAGAAAAAACUUCAUAAAGGUCACAAAAAUAGUAGCAAUGGCCACACUAGAGGCUCACAUGUUCCACGUCCACCGCCAGCUCCUCUUCCUCAUCAUGGUCCUCAUCCAAACCAAGUGAACCCUUUUGAUAUUAUGUAUUUUGGCGCCAGGGGAAAUGGAAUUUCUGAUGAUUCAGAGGCACUUCUUGCUGCAUGGAAUGGUGCUUGCAAAGUUGCUGGAGCUACAGUUAAAGUUCCACCACAACUCAAGUUUCUCAUCAAGCCUGUUACUUUCCAAGGCCCUUGUAUGCCUGGCCUUACUCUUCAGAUAGAUGGAACUGUAUUGGCUCCUGCUGAACCAUCAUCCUGGGCAAAAUCCAAUUUGUUUCAGUGGAUAAAUUUUAAAUGGUUGCAGAACUUCACCAUCAAAGGCUCUGGUACUGUUGAUGGCCAAGGCUUCAACUGGUGGGGCACUUCAUCAGAACUUUAUGAUAUGCAGAAAAGCUACUCUGAAAAUCUUGUAAUGAAGCCAACUGCUAUAAGAUUUUACUCUAGCAACUUUGUGACAGUUCAAGAUAUUAGAAUCAUAAACAGUCCUCUGUGCCAUCUAAAAUUUGACAACUCAAAGGGCAUCAAAGUUAACAACAUCACAAUAUCUUCCCCUGGGAACAGCCCAAAUACUGAUGGCAUUCACUUGCAAAACACUCAGGAUGUGGAAAUUCAGCAUUCUGAUAUUGGAACUGGAGAUGACUGUGUGUCCAUCCAAACCGGUUGCUCUAAUAUUCAUGUCCACCACAUUAAAUGUGGCCCUGGACAUGGUAUAAGUUUAGGAGGAUUAGGAAAAGACAAGAGUGUGGCAUGCGUCUCUGACAUCAUUGUUGAGGAUAUCUCAAUGAAAAAUACUAUGUAUGGAGCAAGGAUCAAAACAUGGCAGGGAGGCAUUGGUAUGGUUAAAAAUGUGACAUUUUCCAGAAUCAGAAUCUAUGAUGUUCUGUUUCCAAUAAUGAUAGAUCAAUACUACUGUGACAAGCAAAUGUGCAAGAACCAGACAGGAACAGUUGUUAUUUCUGGUGUGAAUUUUGAUCAAAUAAGUGGAACUUAUGCAGUGCAGCCUGUGCAUCUAGCCUGCAGCAAUUUCAUACCAUGCACAGAUGUUGAUUUAACUGAUAUUCAACUUAGGCCCUCUCUCAAAUAUCGAGGUUCACAACAAGCUACGUGCUGGAACUCUUAUGGUAAAUCACAAGGCCCCUUGGUGCCAGCAAGCAUUGAUUAUUGUUUGAGAAGUGGUGGUGGAUUGAUCAAGAGGAUAGCAAGGUCACAUGAUUAUAGUGCAUGUUACAGAUAAUAGAUGUGACCUUUAGGCUUUAGAUAUAGCAUGUUUGGAAUUGAUUUUGUCUUUAGAACCAACACUAGAAGGAUUCACAAACAUAUCCUUAAGCCUCUCUUCCACAAAGUUUUUAACUAGGAGAAGGUGAUGAUGGUGUAAUUUAGCUCGAGUUCU